ACACGUUAAAGACGAAACAUGACCAAUACAAAUCCAUUUUGCUAGUCAAAUCUCAGGCUUUUAUCAUAUGUAAAACCGUUAAUAGCAAGAUAUAAGACAACAUGUCAAAACCAGUACACAUCAAAAAUGAAAUACUGAGGUCCAACACUGGUUUGAUCAUCAAUCCAUCCAAAACCUAUCCACGCUCAGAAACAAGAGAUAAACUGUCAGGACUUACUAUAUUUCAAACAGUAUAUGAUAUUCAUCAAAGACAUACAUUCUGAAGAUUAUAUUUGUCUAGUCUUUUGACAAACAAAGUCAACGAAAAAAAAAAUAAGAUCUCCAUCCAGACCUACAGCUCAAACAUCAAGGAGCCAAUAUCCAUCCAGGGCUGCAGGUAUAUAAAAACUCGAUGAAUAUUCAAUCGCGGUCUUUUAUGUUUUCAAAGCAUCUAUAUCAUCCAGGUCAAGCAUCAAGGUUCCGAUCUCUCGGCCAUGGUUAUAGGUAUAAUAAAACUCGAUGACAAUAUACUCACUUGCUUUUAUCUUUUUCUAGCCUCCAGCCAUUCAGGUCAAGCGUCAAGGACCCGAUCUCCCGUCCAUGGUUAUAGGUAUAACAAAAAUCGAUGAGCAAUUACUCACUUAGGUUUAUAUAUUUCUAGUGUCGAAUCCAUCAAGGUCAUGCUUCAAGGAUCUGCUUUCAGUCCGUGACUAUAGUCGUCUACGGCAAUUAUUAGGAUUCGAUUUUCAUUACUUGUUAU